AUGAUUGAAAUUAGUCAUUCUGUGCCUAACUCUUGCAAUUUGGAUGAUAUAAUUGAGAAAGACAAAUCUUUACCCAAUGAAGAGAUAAAUAUAUCCAAUUAUUUCUUAGAUUCUGAUUUAGAUGAAAAUAAUUUCUCUGAUAAUGAGGGAGAAGCCACGGAAGUGGCUUUGCGAAGCAAAUAUAAUUUCAGCGGAACAUUUUUUGAUGAUGACGACGAUGACGACGAGAGUUAUUAUUAG